AUUUGGGUUAAAUAAAAGAAGAAGUAGUUGUCGAUAUUAUAUUUCUACAAAUCAUAUUAAUAAAAAUAUUUGAAAAUGUUAAUUUCUCGUGGCCUAACGACUAUAAAAACUCUUAAAAAUUUGAGAACAAAUCCAGUUAAUCAAAUAGUACGUCAUGGAGGUCAUAGUGUUAACUACCGAUCGGGUGCUCCACCAGCUUCUAAAAAUUUAAUUUAUGUAGCAGAAGGUGUUCAAGGUUUUAUGUGGUGGUGGAUAUUGUGGCAUUUAUGGACUGAACCCGAUCAUAUUUUGGGCGAAUUUCCUUAUCCGGAUCCCACCAAGUGGACUAAUGAAGAAUUAGGAAUUCCUAGCGAAUAAAAAAUAUUUUGUUAUAGUUUGAUUUAGUAAAAAUAUAAUUUUAUUACCA